AUGACAAUGCCCGUAUCCGAACGGCCGACACUCGAGAAGAUAACCAUAGAAGGUAUAAGUCCGAGUUAUCUGUGCUCUGAAUUCGAAUCUCUUCGAGUCAUCGGCGUCGAAGAGCAUGUGUCCUUCCCUGAGCUGACCGAAAGAAUUCCCAAUGCAGGCAUUGCAAAGCAUGCUAGAAGGAUGUUCAGAGAAUUAUUGCGUCACGAAAGCAUGCCUUUCGCCGCCGGCCGCGUGUCCAAUGUUGCCGAAAAAAGGAUUGCCGACAUGGACGCGGCUGGAGUUAGACUCCAAGUGCUGAGUUUAGCUGCCGCUGUCAAUUCUAUGCACUUGGGGCCAGAAGCCGGUCUCCAGCAUGCGAGAGACGUCAACGAUAGCCUCAAGGAAGCUGUGGCUACAAACCCUACCCGCUUCGUCGCUCUGGCCGAGCUACCUGUUCAUGCGCCAGAUCUCGCAAUCAGUGAACUUCAAAGAUGUGUGAAGGAGCUGGGUUUUGUGGGCGCGAUGGUGUCUGGGUCCAUCGGAGGUGAAGGUAGAUUUUUGGACGAUCCUGAAUUCGACGAGCUGCUGAGCGAGUUUGAGCGACUUGAUGUACCUCUUUUUCUACAUCCAGGUAUCGCGCCGGAGUCUGUUCAGAAGACAUACUACGAUUUUGUUGGCAAACCGAAGCUCUCUGCAACAUUCGGGGGCAUGGGAUGGGGCUGGCACAAUGAGGUUGCCAUUCAUGUCAUUCGACUCGCAGUUUCCGGAACUUUGGAUAAACAUCCUCGGCUAAAGCUCGUUGUAGGACACCAGGGAGAGAUGUUGCCAAUGAUGUUGCAACGACUCGAUGCAAUGUUCGACAAACAGAUUUUUGGCUUGAGGAGGUCCGUCGGGGAGGCUCUGCGCAGCCAAGUAUGGAUCGCCAUCUCUGGCUUCUUUUCUCUUCCCCCAACACAGGUCGCAAUUCAGACUUGGGGGGUAGACAGAGUACUCUUUGCGAACGACUAUCCAUUUAUUGAUUCGCAGAAGGUUCCUGGGUUUCUGCGUGCUUUGGGAGAAAUUUUGGCGCCACCCGACAUGAGAAAAGUGUGUCAAGGCAAUGCAGAGCUCUUGUUCAAGAUCGAGGCCUAA